AUGGGGAAGAAAUCUAUUGAGUAAUACCAGUUUUGUAGCUAUGCCACUGACAGAGACUGAUGCCAAGUGUCAGGGAUUUCAGAAGAUCUCAGACUGUGGAGAUUCUAGUGGUUUACAUGGCAUUCGGUAUGUUAAAGACAACGAUAUGAAUCUCAUUUUGAUACAUGUAUAUGAUGUGAAAGGACAUAUUGGUGGAAUUUCUGCUGCGGUUCCAAAAAUCAAAAUACCACAUCUUCAGAGUGGAAUAACUUCUACUCACUGGACAAAAGGAAAAUGUUUCCCAACAAUGGGGCUCCAUUACUGGUACAACGUAAGAAAAAAUAUGAGUUGUGAUGAAUUUUAUCCAAUGUUCUUGUUGUAUAAUGACGGUAAAUUAAAUGCUUUUGGUUGGGGUUUCAUCGCAGACUUGAAUUCAUCUAGAUUAGAACAUCCAUCACAUGCAGCAAUAUCUGCUUUCAUUAAUCCACCACCAGUGUGUUUGUUCAACUCUGGAACAUUAUCUACGAUGCACAUCUAUUUGUCCAACAACCCUGCUUUGAACAGAUGCUAAGAUGGAAUUUACCACUGUGUUUAUUAAAGAUUAUUUUCGCAAAAUACAUUGUUUGUGGUAUUUCUUCCAAAGCUAUCGGUGACGGGUCUAUGUAUAUUUGAAUUAGACAGACAAAAGUCAGGAGAUUAUAACAUGUAUUUAUAAAUAAUGAAAAAUUUAAAUGGAAACAUACAGUAUAGUUAAAUAAAUUAUGACAAUUAUAGAUUAUCGAUGUGGCAUUUCAAAAGAGAGGGUGUUUCUCUUACUCUUACUUUGAGUUCGAUUACUCAAAAACCCU